AAUGGAUAAUUAUUUUACAGCUAUAACACUUCUUGGUUUAAGAGAUUAAAACUUACCUCCUUUUAAAGAUGCGAGAUUAUAAAGAUAUAAAUCAAUAAAAAAAAUGAUUGAUUUAAUAGAAACAGCAACAAAACUAUAUCCAAAAAUGCCAAUUGAAUUAUUUACUCUUAACCCAACUGAUCCUGAAUGGGACGAUGAUAUGACUUAUCCUUCAAUUUAGUAUAGUACUUUACUAUACAAAUCAACGGCUUUAGCUGGGAAUUUAUUCCUUUAUGCUUAUAACUAUAAUAAUUAUACUAGUAAUAUUAGAUUUAGAACAAUGAGAUAUUUCUUUCCUAUUGUUUCAUUUGCUAUUUUCGGAAACAUUUAUUGGGAUUACAGAAGUUAGUUGACCAGAGUAAAUCUUUUUGAUGAAUAUGUUUAAUUAAGAUCAUAAGAAUUAGUUAAAUAAAAUGAGUAUUUAUUAGAGCAUGAGGAUAUUAAAAGAUAUGUUUGGUGGAAUGAAGACUUGAAAGAAACUCUAUUAAGAGUACACAGAUAAGCUAAUAAUCAUUAAAGUAGUGAUUUUUAAGAUUCUGAGCUUAUAUUAUAAGAUUUUAUUGAUAGAUAUAGUGAUAGCAAAAAUAUUAGCUUUUUAUCUAAAUGAAAAAAAAAAAAAAAAAUUAUUCUAUAUAUUUUUUUAUGUCAAUAAUAAAAUAAAUUAUUAUUGAAAUAUUUUAUUUUAACUAAAUAAUAAAUUCUUU